UUUCAUCGUCAAUGAUAAUGUGAUUUUAUAUUGGUUAAUCUGGUUAACCAAUUAACCAAACCGAUUAAACUUUAGUUUGGUUAAUUUGGUUGUUGUAUUAGUUUAGACGGUUUGGUUAUGAUAUUGUAUUACAUGAUUAAUGAAAUUUAGCCUUAUUUGAUUUUGUUAUAACCAUGGUAACCAUUUGAACACCCCUGAAUUAUCAUGUUCACCGAAACAACGAGAACACCACAAAGGGAUAGAUAGAUUUCUCAGAAAGCGCCAAACUUGAACGCUCAAAGCGUGUACAUGGGAGCUUCGAGCCUGCGAUGCUACUUCGCUUCCUCCAGCUGAAGUUAUGCUACACAGUAGUAGUAGACCAACUGCGAGUCUCGGACUUGAAGAACUCUGCAACGAUUCCACACGCUUUUCGCUGAACCCUUCCAACUUCCGUCAUAUUCCUUACUUUGUUACUACCGGCUUCUCCAUCAGAUUGUCUGGAUAAGAUGUUUCUCGUGCCCACCAUCUGUUCGACGAAAUUUCACCAGACCACUCCUCUGCAUUUCUUCAGGUACAGCGCCUGCUCAAUUUACACAAAGACUCCCACUUUCUGUGUCACUUCGCUGGGCGGAAGCUACCCACCGAAGAGGGGUGCUCUUUCUCCGCAUAAUUGUUCCAGUAAGUUGAAUUUCUCCAGUGGUGGUUGGUUGUCGGAAUGGAACAGACCUAAAAAGGAUAGUCGACCAAAGCCUCCCAAGGCUGCUUUAGAUUACGCUAGCGAUGAAAAUCACAAUGGUGGGAGUGGGGGUGGUAGGGGGAGUACUAUGGAGAGGAUUGUUGAGAAACUGAAGAAACAUGGGUAUGCCAAUGAUGGUGAUGAUCGCGAUGAUAGUGAUGAGAAGACUGAGAAAGUUAGAGAAAGAGUGAUAGAGAAAGGAAGUGUGGAGGAUAUAUUCUACAUAGAAGAAGGGAUGUUGCCAAAUCCACAAGGUGGGUUCUCGAAGGAAUUGCCUUUAGGGAUAGAGAGCGUGUUCAAGACGAGCGAUGGGGAGAUUCGAUUCCCAUGGGAGAAGCCGAAGAAGGACGAGGAGGAGGGGAAGUGGAGCGCUAAAAAGGAGAGCAGGACAUUGUUUGCAGAGCUGACAUUGCCCCAGUCAGAGUUGAGGAGGUUGAGGAACUUGACUUAUCAAACAAAGAGCAAGACUAGGAUUAAGGGCUCAGGAGUUCCUCAGUCCAUCGUGGAUGCCAUUCGAGAGAAGUGGAAGUCUUCUGAAAUUGUGAAGAUCAAAGUAGAGGGAGCAUCUGCUCUUAACAUGAGACGGAUGCAUGAGAUACUUGAGAAAAAAACUGGUGGCAUGGUGAUUUGGAGGUCAGGCUCCUCAAUCUCAUUAUAUAGGGGUGUAAGCUAUGAGGUUCCUGGGUUUCAACAGAAACGAAUUUUAACAAAAACUAGAGAAUCCACAAAGCCCUUGCAACCAGUUUCCAGUAACCGUCUUGCUUUCCCCUCAACCCAUACUGAGAAUGAAGUUCAUGCGUCUCCUCCGACCUCAGAUUUCCCCAUUGAGGAGGACAAGGAGCUAGGCAGAGAAAUAUCAUCAUCAGAAGUAAGCUACGAAGCAGAAGUAGACAAGCUGUUGGAAGGUCUUGGUCCAAGGUACGCAGAGUGGGCAGGAUGUGAUCCAUUGCCCGUGGACGCAGAUAUGCUUCCCGGUAUCGUUGCUGGAUAUCAACCUCCUUUCAGGAUACUUCCUUAUGGAGUCAGAUCUUCACUUGGACAUAAGGAGGCUACUUCCUUGCGUAGACUUGCCCGGUUUCUUCCCCCACAUUUUGCUCUAGGUAGAAACAGGAACCUCCAGGGCUUGGCUGUGGCCAUGAUCAAAUUAUGGGAGAAGAGUUCAAUUGCAAAGAUAGCUCUGAAGCGUGGAUUGCAGCUAACCACCAGUGAAAGGAUGGCUGAAGAGAUUAAGAAACUGACAGGGGGCAUACUGCUUUCGAGAAACAAGGACUUUCUAGUUUUCUAUAGGGGAAAGAACUUUCUAUCACCAGAUGUCACCGAAGCGUUGCUAGAACGAGAGAUGCUGGCGAAAUCGUUACAAGACGAAGAGGAGCAAGCACGAUUAAGAGCAUCAGCCUUUGUCAUACCAAGUUCUGAUGCAGGAGAGCUAGUGGCAGGAACUGCUGGCACCCUCGAGGAGACUUUGAAUGCACAUGCAAGGUGGGGAAAAAGGUUGGAUGAUCAUCAUAAGGAAAAAAUAAGGAGACAGGGUGAAUUAGAGAGGCAUACCAACAUUGCCAGGAAGCUUGAAAGGAAGCUCAAAUUUGCUGAGAAGAGGCUGACGAAGGCUGAACAAACCUUGACAAAGGUGGAAGGCUAUCUGAAACCAUCUGAUAGACAGGCAGAUCCAGAAAGUAUAUCAGAUGAGGAGCGAUUCAUGUUCCGCAAGCUUGGUUUGAAGAUGAAAGCUUUCCUUCUUCUAGGAAGACGUGGGAUUUUCGAUGGAACAGUGGAGAACAUGCACUUGCACUGGAAAUACCGUGAAUUGGUGAAAAUUAUGUUGAAGGCUAAGAAUUUUGAGGAUGUCAAGAAAAUUGCACUAGCACUAGAAGCUGAAAGUGGAGGUGUCCUGGUUUCGGUUGAUAGAGUCUCCAAAGGAUAUGCUAUAAUCGUAUACCGCGGCAACGACUAUAAGCGACCUUCCUCAUUGAGACCAGGGAAUCUAUUGACCAAGCGAAAGGCUCUGGCUCGUUCGAUCGAGAUCCAGAGGCGUGAGGCUCUACUGAAGCAUGUUUCGGCUCUAUACACAAAGGUGGAGACUUUGCGAGCUGAAAUUGAACGAAUGGACAUUGUAAAAGACGAUGGAGAUGAGCAGCUGUACGACAAAUUAGAUUCCGAGUAUCCAACUGAGGAUGAUGAUGAUGAUGAAUCAGAUGAUACCGAGGAAUUAGGAGGUGAAACAUAUCUUGAGUCAUAUGAGAGUGACAGCGAUCUUGAUGGCAGUGGAGGUGAAGUAGAUGGCAGAAUGCAGACCAUCGAUGAAGAAACCAGCUUCCAGUACACAGUGCAGAAUAAAUUGGAAUCUCAAUCCGAGCCCGAACCUGAGGAUCAAGGUUGUAAUCUGCAUCUCAAAACACGUGAUGACUACGAUGAUGAUAACGGACCUGGAGAUGAGACAGGUGAAUCAGAUUAUUGGAGUGGUUACAGAAACCUUCGUCGUUUGCACACCAGCUCUUCACCAAAUCUCCUACCAGACGAAGUCUCCGUGGAAGAAGAGGAAGAAUAAAAGCGAGACUCGAUGAGAAGCUAAUACCUCACUGGAUGUGAAGAAUAAGACUUGGGUUGAACUUGAAAGGUCAGGUUCAUGCUGAGGAGCUAGACAAAAAGAAAACAACAUACAAGAAGAAGCUGCUCUAAAAGGACAGGUGGAAGAAAGCUUUGUUCUUCAUCUACCUCAAUUCUCAAGCAAUUCAAUGGUUCCUGAUUAAUUAUCUCUUCACUCUUCACAUGUAUAACUUCGCUGUAGAUUUACCAGUUGUACAUAAUAAACUACCAAAACGAGCAGUAUUGUAACAAUCCAUUUUUUUUCUAUCGCCUAUCUGCCAAAAGUGCCUAAAUUUCUCUUAUUUACGUUAUCAUGGUUGGUUGAAAAAUGAUAACAUAUUGAAGGUCACAUCGAACAAGAUCCUAUGGCUACAUCUGACAAGAAUGCGACCUUAUGAGGGUAAUUUUACACACUUGAAUACUUGAUCGGUUGAUCCUAGCCAAAAUGCCGAAAAAGGUAUUAUAAGGAUCAUUUUAAGAAUUUCUAAAUAUUUUAAAAUUCAAGAAAAACCUGUGUUUAUUUUUUUUAUUUAAUUCCUACAGCUUCUAUUUCAUGACCGGUUCAGUCUUCAGACAGAGAUAUAAAGGUGCAAGCUUUUU